AUGGACUCUGAAGAUGGUGAAUUCUUCAUCAAACAACUGGCCACAUUCGUGCGUACCCACGAAAAAGCCCUCGCCAACGCUCUCCAGUUUCAACGACAGAGCCGCCACAGACCCUCUCAAAGCACAAGCGCCGCCACGCUCCCGCCGCCACCAAUGGUCUCGGAGCGCCCCUCUACCGCUUCUACAACUGGCACUCUGGCGGCAGCUCUCUCACUUGGCAACCUUAGCUUCACCUCUCACAGUGUCAAGUCUGCAAAGUUGGCUCUGACGCCCCAUCACCUUUUCUAUCUUCUUUCCCGUUUCGAGGACCUUGGAAUUUCCGUCGGACCCAUGAAGAUUCGGCUGGAGAAUCUGCAUGACAGCGCCUCGUCCGCCAACUAUGUGUCCUUCCUUAGUGGCUCGAACCAGCGCUCCAGGACCCGUAGCACGGAUACUACCUCUAUCCAUUCCGUCUCUAGCGUUAGGAGUGUCAUGUCUGGCAUGUCUUCCCUAUGGGCAAGCCUAGGUAUCGGGUCUAGCAUUUCUGCUGCUCGAACCGAGCGUCAGAAGGCUGCACUCGAGGCCGAUAUGAAAUACCUCUACUCUGCCUUUACCAAGAUCCCUUGCCUGAAACUGGCCCCUGACUGGCGAGCCCGAUUAAUCCGUGGAUACGAGGAGUUUCCCUUUGACUCGGCCGUUCCCCUCUACGCUUUCAAAAAUCUCCAGGCCUUGGAGGUCAACAGCAUCGACUUUCGCCAGUUUUUUGGAUGGGACCGCAUGGCUGACCAGCUGCGAUCACUGACUCUUAGGCACGCUGGCAUCGAGGACCCUGCCGAUAUCCUCAUCGACAUUGUUCUAGAUGACAUGGAUAAACGACGCCGACGCACAUCCAAGGCCCAAUCGUCCCCCACCACGACCUGGGGAGCAAAUAGCCCCCGUCGCAGCCCGUCGUUGGCUCACCCGGAACUCUCCCGCUCGGCUUCUCUUCCUUCUUCACCGGACCCCCGUACCGAUCUCCGAGUCGGCUCACUCACCCCUCCCGAUGCAGCGGAUCCCCCCACGAGCCCCAAGAGCCGGCCUAUUCUCAAUAGGAAAGAGAGCGAGGACUACUCCAAGUCUCCCGCCAAGUCUCCUGCCAAGCUAAUUGGCAUACCGGACAUUCGUGAGAUCUGGGUAGAAGGCAAUCCCUUUGCUCGUACAUACAAGGACUACCGCAUCACCAUCUUCAACUUGUUCCGUGCAACCCCCGGCUACACAGAAGAUGUGGUGAUUGAUGGCAACGGUCCCACAUAUGCGGAAAAGCGACUACUUACUGAGCGUGUUCCGAUCCCCGACUCGGUUCCGGUCGUCAAACCUGCUCCGGUAGUGCUUCCUGCGGUGGAAAUAAGCAAGCCUGCCGUUAUCCAAGGCCCAAGAGAGCCGGCGAGUGAGUUUGCGCCGGUUCUCUCUUCUGCGCCGGCCACAAAUAAGCCGGUAGAAUCACAGCCGGCCAGGACCGCAAACAGCGACUGGGCCGCGCCGAGCGACUGGGAUGCCAGUGGUGAUUAUUAUCGACGCAAAAUCGAGGCCCUUCGAAACACGGUGGGCGAUGAGUAUUUGAGUGCACUCAGCGAGGAGAGCUGGGAAUCCACUCCUGGGUUUGACAUGACUGGCUUAUCGAAUGUUGCUUCGCUCCGUGCUGGUCACCUUCCCCACCAUGUACCUGCUGUCCAAGCCGUUCACAGCGGACGCACACUUGGCUAG